GUUUACGUAAAUUGUUGGAUAAAGAGUACACGUACGUUCGGCGAGAUCAACAAUGUUUUAUUUAUUUAUUUUUUUUUUUUUUGACAUUUGACACCCUCGUGAAUGACGUGAAUAUUAUUCAGUAUCGCUAAACAAUCGAUGUUUAUGACGAUCGAUAGGAGAGACGCGCAGAUAAGUUCACGUCGCAUAUUCUGUGCAAAUAAAGGUGCGCUCGAAAAUCCUACUCGCAGGACAAAAUAGCUUUCGGCUGACCAAUCAGAAUUCAAGGAGCAAAAAUGAGUACGAUUUUCGAACGCACUACUCUACGUAAUAUUUGUUUUUUUACAUCGAGUGUUUACGAAACGAGAUAGAUAUAUGAAACGAAAAUAUUAUUAUAUGCGCAUGAUCAGAUUUCACGAUAAGAUUUAUUAUUUACUUAACAAAAAAAAAAAAAAAAAAAAAAAAUUAGAGAUGCGGAUUCUCAAGCGGAUCUUGCGUCUCUCUUUAAAAUUGUAUCAUCGAGCUGAGAAAAAAUAUAUUUCUCGUGAGAUUUAGCCGUAAAAGCGCUGCGCAACUUCCAGGAAACGUUUGGAGACUUUAUUUACGAAUGUACACGCAUACCUUUUUUACGAAUUGGGUCGUUCCCCACCCUCGAGGUCUCCCUCUCUCCGGUGCGUGUUGUCGAGCUCAAUGGUCCGUCCGUCCACCGUGCGUGAAAUGUCAAAAUGGCGUCUUCUCAGGACGCUUGGUAUCUCUCGUUGCUCGGUCUGGCCGAGAAUUUUCGCACGUCAAGUCCGCCCAAUGUCAAAUCGUGCAUCCAGUGUCUCCAGGCGGUUUUCUACUUCAAGCCACCGCCUCGCGUCGAGGCGCGAACCCACCUUCAGCUCGGCAACAUCCUGCUCACGCACACAAAAAACAUCGAUUUGGCGCGAUCUCACUUAGAUCAAGCGUGGCGACUGAGUCAGAACAUAAAUACGUUUGACGAUGUGAAGUUUGAAGCAGCUAGUGUGGUUGCGGAAUUGUACGAGCAGCAGCAACAGCCAAACCUGAGCAAGCCGAUAUUAAGGAAGGCGAUAGAAUUAUCCCAGCACAAUGUCUACUGGCAUUGCAGGCUUAUUUUUCAACUAGCGCAAAUUCAUGCCUCAGAGAAGGACUUUGUGGCAGCGAGCAGUCUGCUCGCAGUGGGUGUGGAUUAUUCUCACAUAAGCAAUGCCGGUUACACUAGAGUUCUCUUUCUUCUAUCUCGGUGUAUGCUUCUCUUAAUAGACAAGAAAUUCACAGAGGUUCAUCCUCUUUUAAACUCGGCGGGACAUCAUGUAGAAAAUUGGCAAGGUAGUCCACAUCAAAAGGAAUAUCUGAAGGUGUACUUUUUAGUUCUUCAAGUAUGUCACUACCUCAUGGCAGGCCAGGUGAAAAGUGUGAAACCUUGUUUGAAGCAAUUACAACAGAGUAUACAGACUAUAAUGUCUCCUAGUUGGCCAACUGACGACGUAGUCACAGGUUCCAAUAAUGGAGAUAUGUUUAUAUGGAUGCCAAAAGAUCAUCUAUAUGUCUUGGUCUAUUUAGUAACUGUCAUGCAUUCUAUGCAAGCUGGAUAUAUGGAUAAAGCACAGAAAUAUACCGAUAAAGCCCUUACUCAAAUUGAAAAACUGAAAAUUGUCGAUAAUAAGCCUAUUUUAUCCGUGUUUCAAUUAAUGCUCUUGGAGCAUAUAGUUAUGUGUCGGCUUGUAAUGGGAAAUAAAAGCGUUGCUCUCGCGGAAAUUUCUCAAGCUUGUCAGCUUUGCAGGCGACAGCCUAGAUUACUUCAAGGCCAUAGACCACAAUUACAUGCAUUACUAGGUUUAUAUGCAAUGUCUAUGAAUUGUAUGGAAGCUGCAGAGGCUCAAUUUACUGCUGCACUCAGAACAUCACAGGAGAGAGAACUCUGGACAUUUGCAAAUUUGAAUUUAGCGAUAGUAUAUCUCAGAACAAAAAGAGAUGCCGAAUUAGGAGCAUUAUUAGAAAGGAUAAAUCCAGAAUCUCUACCAUCACAUUCUCAUUCCUUGAGGGCAGCUGCAUAUUAUGUACAAGGACUCCAAGCCUUCUUUGGCGCUAGAUAUAAUGAAGCAAAACGAUAUCUUAGAGAAACAUUAAAAAUGGCAAAUUCAGAAGAUUUGAAUAGACUUACUUCGUGCAGUCUUGUGCUUUUGGGACAUAUAUUUCUUUCAUUGGGAAAUAGUAGAGAAUCAAUGAAUAUGGUCACACCUGCGAUGCAAUUAGCUUCUAAAAUACCUGAUGUACAUGUACAAUUGUGGGCUACUGCUAUUCUUAAAGAUUUGUAUAGAAUUUGCGGUGAACCUACUCGUGAGAGCGAAGCGUAUCAAAUGCACUGUACAUUUUCCCAAACUUUGUUGAAGGACCAUUUUCAGAGUACUCAAAUGAAUGAGCACUCACUCAUUCAUUGGACAGAUGGUCCAGUGCCUGCGUUACCAACCAAUCCACCACCAUCUACAUCGCAAGCAAUUAUCUAAUAACAUAAAAAGAUAUUUAAGUGUGUCUAUUUACUUAAACUCCAGAUUAUUUGCUGAAGCGGUAUAUAUUUGUAUUACUUAUUUAUUGGGUUGUAAAGUGUAAAAUUUGUUUCAGCAUUAUUUAAAUAUUAAGAGAAUAAUUAUAAUUGGUAAUGUUUCAGAAAAUUGGAUUAAUGUGUGUGAUGAAAAAAUGAAAGAAUUACUGGAUAUUUGAUAUAAUAUCCAUUUUUUAAAAUAUGAUUUCUGCAAGAACAUGUGGCAACUAGGUACAGCUGCAGAGCUUUUGUGAUAACGUUCACAUUAGUAUUUGAGUCAUCAAAAUUACAUGGGAGGGACUGAUAAUAUAUGUAGAUUGAUAUGUUUUGUUUACUUCAAGUUUAUAUAAUUUAAAUUAAUUUUUACAUUAUAUUUUUUUGUAUGGAAUUAUACUUUGUAAGAGGGAUACAAAUGUCGAUUUUUAACAUACAGAUGCGUUUUUAAAUCUAUAUAACGUUCUACCGCACAAUGUGUUUAAGUAAGAUUUGUACUGCACAUAUAGAAAGUAUAGAUCACAAAAAAAUAUAGAAUAAAAAAUUUUAUUUUUGUUUAAAAGUUUUAUCAAUUUCAUAUUUCAGAUUCUAAUAUGAUCUUGCAAAAUUUUCUCUAUACGUUGUCAAUCCACUGUGUUUAGUAUG